AUGUCCAAGUUUGGAAUUUUUCUGUUCUACAUUUUAAUUUUUUGGGAGAUAGUAGAAUGUAUGGAUAAUAAAGGAAAAGGUAAAGUUGGGGAAGAAUCUUCCGGACAAGAAGGGGGAGCAAGUAGUCAAGGUCGUAGAGGAGGAAGUCGAAGAAGUCAUGCACAUAUACCAACUCGUGAAAGUGAACCGACCCAAAACUGGAAUGAGGAACACGAAAUGGGACCAACAGAGGGCCAUGCCCCAAAUCUUGACGAUGAAAUUCAAAAUCAACAUGAACUUCUUAUGCAAGAACGGUUGAUGCAUUUGCAACAGCAUACUGAGAUGAUAAAUCAGCUCCAAAAUGCAACAGAACGGUUAAAUCUUCCUCAAGAGCUUCGCAGAAAUCUACGUAUUAAACCAGAAAAGUUAAUGCAAAAUAUGCAAAAGAAAAAUGAAAAAAUAGCUAAGCUCCAAACUAAAAGAGAAAAAAGUUUAAAGAAAAAAGAAAAUGCUAUAUAUGAUCAAGGCAGAGAGGACUAUCUCGAUGGAUUUGAAUUUUCAAACGAAAUGCGUGAGAUUGCAAAGAAAAACAAUAAAGAUUUGAAGGCAUUUUCGAAGGAGAAGAUGGCAGAAGUUCAAAAUUAUUUAUACGGACACGUUGCUGAAGAUGAUGUCGUUCAUAAUCCUGAUCCAGUUCGUUAUCGUUUGGAAGGUGGAGAACCUCAACCCUUUAUGGCUGGUCAACAGAUACAACCUCAUCAGCUUCCUACUGGUUUUGACCCGAUUUCUCAAUAUACUGGACAUCCUUAUCAACAAGGUUGGCCUUUAAAUGAUUUAGUGAUUGCUUUGUGUUUGGAGAGGUCGUGA